ACCAAAUUGAUCUCCAACACAAAAGGAGUCCGCUUUUUUGUUUGCAUCGGCCAUUCUCACUCAUCCAUUCAAUCAUCGCUAAACCCUAGAUUCGUUCCCGUUGAAGAGGAGAAGAUGCUGCGAGUUGCAGGGAGGAGGCUUUUGUCUGUACAGCAGAGAUCUUCGACUGCGACCACCUUCGUCCUGUCCCGAGAUCAUACCAUCGACUCAUCUUCCUCCGCCACCCCCAGAUCUGUUCCAUCUCCUGAUCUCUCGUCUUUCAAUUCUUACCACAGGAGCCUUAUAAGAGGUUUCGCUUCUCAAGUCCUCACCCAAGGAAAUGAGGUAGGUUUUGCUUCGGAAGUCCCAGCCACCGUGGAGGCUGUCAAGACACCCAACUCAAAGAUUGUGUAUGAUGACCACAACCAUGAGCGUUACCCGCCUGGUGACCCUAGCAAGCGUGCAUUCGCCUAUUUCGUCCUUUCUGGUGGGAGGUUUGUCUACGCCUCUGUUCUCCGCCUUCUUGUUCUGAAGCUCAUUGUCAGCAUGUCCGCGAGUAAAGAUGUCCUUGCACUCGCAUCCCUCGAGGUCGACCUUGGGAGCAUCGAACCGGGAACUACAGUCACGGUGAAGUGGCGUGGAAAGCCCGUGUUCAUCAGGAGAAGGACAGAGGACGACAUCAAGCUGGCCAACAGUGUGGAUCUUGGAACUCUGAGAGACCCACAGGAAGAUGCGGUGAGGGUGAAGAAUCCGGAAUGGUUAGUGGUGGUUGGAGUCUGCACUCACUUGGGAUGCAUCCCUUUGCCUAACGCUGGUGAUUAUGGAGGUUGGUUCUGCCCCUGCCACGGAUCGCAUUACGAUAUAUCUGGAAGGAUCAGGAAAGGUCCGGCACCGUACAACCUGGAAGUACCGACAUACAGCUUUUUGGAAGAGAAUAAGUUACUCAUUGGUUGAUGAAUAAAUAAAAAAAGCACACACUGUCCGUGUCUUAAAGAUCUUGAUAUGUUUUUUUUUUCUUAAUAUAUUUUCCGGCUAAAAUUUUUUAGCUCGCAAGUUGUCACUUCCCUCAUACUUUGGUAUCCCUGGGGGGGCAAGGAAGAUUAUCUUUGUUUGGAUGAAUAAUAAAAAACUUUGUCAAAAAUUGUUGUAUGACAUAGCAUCUUAACUCAUCUGGUGAAAAUCAGUGUUUAUAGUC